UCUAUUUCCAAAAUCCCUAAACCCUGAAUUAGAUUGAAUAAAAUCCAUCAAUUUUCCGAUGAAUUAACUCAAUGCGGGUGAUCAGCACAGCCAUUGUGAUCGGAAACGGCGUCGCCGGCGCCCAAAAUCAGUGCAUCGGCUUGCUUCGAGCUCUGGGUCUAUCCGAUAGAUACACACUCUAUCGUGUUAAUCGGCCGAGAGGCCGGAUCAAUGAUAAACUUCGUUGGUUGCCAAUUAAUGUGCAUAAACAAUUAGAUGGUGCUGUUGAGUGGAUUCGUGGAAAACCAUCUAAGAAAUUGAUGCCCUUUCCAGCUGAACCGAGAGAAGUUUUGGAGGCAGAUGCAAGACAUAUCGCCAGAGCUGCUCAGCAAACAUUUGAGAGGGACGGCCCCAUCUUGGUGGUUGCAUCAGGUCAUGAUACCAUCACUGUAGCAAGUUCCAUCAAGAAGUUGGUUCCAGACAAUGUCUUUCUUGUUCAGAUACAACAUCCAAGGUAUCGUCUACACAGAUUUGAUCUAGUGAUAACACCUCAGCAUGAUUAUUACCCCUUAUCGCCUGAGGCACGAGAACAAAUCCCUUUAUUGCUAAGAAGGUGGGUGACACCUCGAAAGCCUCCUGAUAAACAUGUGGUCCUUACGGUGGGAGCUCUACACCAGGCUGAUUCUGAUGCUUUGAGAAGUGCAGCUUCUGUGUGGCAUGAUGAGAUGGCACUCUUGCCUAAGCCCUUACUUGUUGUUUCCAUUGGAGGCCCUACAAGACAUUGCAGAUAUGGUGCUGAUCUUGCAAUGCAGCUUACAGCUUCAAUAAAAAGUGUACUUCCCACUUGUGGAAGUAUAAGAAUAUCGUUUUCUCGUCGAACUCCCAAGAUUGUAUCUGAAAUUAUUUUAACUGAAUUCUCAAACCAUCCAAGAGUAUACAUUUGGAACGGUCAAGAUCCAAAUCCACAUAUGGGACAUCUAGCUUUAGCAGAUGCUUUUGUAAUUACAGCUGAUUCAGUAAGCAUGUUGAGUGAAGCUUGCAGCACGGGGAAGCCAGUGUAUGUAAUCGGAGCAGAGCGGUGUACAUGGAAGUUUUCACAUUUUAUCAGAACCCUGCAUAGCAGAGGAGCAGUUCGACCAUUCACCGGUACAGAAAAUAUUUGUGAGAAAUGGGAGUAUGCUCCACUUGAUGAUACGGAGAGGGCUGCUGCGGAAGUGAUUAAGGCAGUUGCAGAACGUGGAUGGAGAUUGCUGCCUUAUUGUUAGAAGCAGCAGAUUAAUUGUACAAACUUUUGCACUCUAAUCUCUUGUACUUUUUUUACCUAAUUUAAAAAUUAUUUACCUUUACUAUAAUCCACAUAAUAUAAACUUAAUUAUUUCAGCUUCA